UCAAUUUAAUUAAUUCAGGAUGCUGCCAACCUUAUAGCAUGAGAUAUACUCAGUUUACAUGUAUUUAUCUUUUGGUCAUGCCCAACUUGAAAUUGAAGUCUCAAGAUAUGUUUACUAUCAGUCAAAUUGUGAUAUUUACUUCUCUGCUGAUGAACUUUUCCUGAGAUACAUUUUAGUUAUCUGUGGAUCAUUAGCACUAGGCUAAAUCCCCUUAGUCCUUGUGUGUCGUAUGAAGAAAUAAUAAGCCCAUAGACAUCUUAAUUAUAAUUUAUAACCUUUGUGUUUGGCCCAGCUAGGGAUGAACUCAUGAAAGUAGAAGUGGAUAAUAUCAUUUAGUGGGGCUUGUUUUCGAUGUUUUCUUGCGUUUUUGGGAAAACGGAAAUAGAAACAGAAACCAACGGGGCUUGUUUUCAAAGUUUUAUCGUGUUCUUGUGAAAAAUGGAAACCAUGAAUAUGGAGAUGACAAUGGUUUCUACCAUUUAAUGAUCUAUCGUCUUGGGCCAGAAACUCUUCAUGGUAUUGUUACUGUUUUUUUUGCUUACCCCACACUCCCAUAGGCUUUGCUAUUUUAACCUGUCACAUAUGUACGGUUUACAUGUGUGUGUUAUCAUUCCUAUGUAUAUUGUUGCGUAGCUGUUUUUUUACUAUAAUACUAUGCAUUAUCAAUUGCUGGCUGUUAUCGACAUGCUGUAAUACUGGUGCUAGACUCACUUUCUUCAGUAUCAUUUUUGUUUUCGUUUGUGAAAAAGUAUGGAAACAGAAACAAUUUAGGCCUCUUCUGACCAUUUGAUCCCCACCCUGCCAUACACUUUCAUAUUUUUAUGUCAGAGUAGUCAUAUGUAUUACUAUUAUACAUUAAUCAUGUAAAAACUAUUACAAUGUCUCAUAAGUUCUGUUAUGUGUAAGGUUGUUCUUGUAGUGAUGGUAACAUAUGUCUGGAUUCACAAAAUACUAGAAUUUUAUAUAGCCUCAUUUUGAACUAAGUAAUUUCAUUGGAAUUCUUGACUAGUUCGUUUCUUUCCAACAAAAGUAUUUCAUUCCAGAUGGGCUAAGUAUUAUAUAGCUAAUAAUUUCAUGCCAGAAGUCAUCAAUUGAAAUAUUAACAAUUUUCUCAAACUUUAAUUUAUUAUUGGUGGACAUAACUGGGGGUUCCUUCUGGUUAGGAUAACACAAGUGCUGAAUUUUGGAAAUGGAUCAUGGGCGUUAUGCUCCACAACAUGGAUGGGAGAACAACAGUGCACCGAAUGGGUAUGGUGUAACCAAUGAGCCAGAUUUUAGGUCUGGUGGAUCUUACAAUGGUAGGAGAUCUGUGGAUGAAGGCUUUCCUAGAGAUUCAUAUGGGAGGGGUGCAUUCUGUCAGGAUACACAUGAUAGAAAUAUGUAUGCACCACCACCCUCUGUUGGUGGAAUGUGGUCUCAGCCUCGAAGGAAUCAUGAUGAGGAAUAUGCAACUGCAAGAGAUCACAGAAGGCACGACACUAAUUAUCGCAAUGAUGGAAAGCAUCAUGAGUUUGAUUCAUACAGAGGAGUUGAUAGACUCCGUGAUAAUUAUCAUGCUACUGACAACUAUUAUGAAUCUGGCAGUCACCGUGAUUUUGGUGUUGAUAGGAGCAAAAGGAUUGGAAGCAGAGAACAUGCGGAGUUUCAUGGUGAGUUUGAAGACCGGUACCGCAGUUCUCACCAAAGCAGGGAGGACAGCUAUGAGAGAGAUCAUGAAUAUGGUCGUUACGGUUAUGAUUCGGACUAUGAGAGAGGCAGGAGAGAUAGUAGCUGGCGAAGACGUGAUUCAUGUGAGAGCGAACGUGAAAGAAGUGGAUUAAGUCGUGAAAGAGAGGAAAGUCCAUACAUGCGCCAUAACCGUUCUCGAUCACAUGGGCAUGAUGGCCGAUCAAGAUCACGGUCUAGAUCAAGAUCUCCUCGUGCGAGAAGUCAUGGUCGGAACCAAAGAGAUGGCCUGUAUGAUGAUAAUCGAUUUGACAGAAGAAGGGAAUAUGAUUGGGAUGAUAGGAGGCAUGGUGAUUCAGUGGUCCCAUCUGCCACUGUUGUUGUCAAGGGACUAUCCCUGAAGACUAAUGAUGAUGACCUAUAUCAGAUUCUUGCUCAGUGGGGGCCUCUACGCAGUGUGCGUGUGAUCAAGGAACGGAAUUCUGGCAUGUCUCGUGGAUUUGCUUUUAUUGACUUCCCCACUGUGGAAGCUGCCCGUAGAAUGAUGGAAGCUACUGGAGAGAAUGGUCUCGAAAUUGAUGGCAGGAAUGUGUUCUUUCAGUACAGUAGUAAACCAACCGGUGGGAUGGUUGGGCCUUCUCUUGGACAAGAAAAUUUUACAAGGCCUACUUAUGGUCACAGGACUGCUGCUGCACCGUGUGACUGGAUUUGUACUAUAUGUGGAUGUAUGAAUUUUGCCCGCAGGACCUCCUGUUUUCAGUGCAAUGAACCUCGUACUGAGGAUGCUCUACCAGCUGAUGCGACAGGUUCCACUCCACACUUUGGGAGAAGGGGAUCUGAACUAGGUCCAACUCAUGUUUUAGUUGUUCGUGGCUUGGAUGAAAAUGCUGAUGAGGAAAUGCUUCGGUACGAAUUUGCUAAGCACGCACCAAUAAAGGAUAUCCGCCUUGUUCGGGAUAAGUUUACUCAUGUGUCUAGAGGUUUUGCUUUCGUUCAUUUCCAUUCGGUGGAAGAUGCUACGAAAGCUCUGGAAGCUACAAAUGGGACUACACUUGAGAAAAACGGUCAGGUUUUGCGUGUAGCAUAUGCUAAAAGUACACAUGGACCUGCAUCGGGCGGUUCGCAGUCAAACAGCCUUGCUGCGGCUGCCAUUGAGGCUGCAUCAUUUGCUCAGCAGUAUGAUGCCAUAGGUUGGGCUCCAAAAGAGUACAAUCCUGAUGACAAACAGAACAGCAACUCUGAAUCUCAAAAAGAUGGUGGUACAACACAGUCGGGAUUUGUUUGGGAUGAAAAAUCUGGUUACUACUAUGAUUCUGCAUCUGGAUUCUAUUAUGAUGGAACUACUGGCCUUUACUAUGACAGCAACUCUGGAGUUUGGUAUUCGUACGAUCAACAGACUCAACAAUAUGUCCCUUGUAAUGACCAGAACAAUACUAAGGCAGCCGGGGAGGCAGCCAGUGAAAACACUAAGACCUCAGACAGUAAUAGUGGCAAAAAGGUUGUGAUCUCUGCGCCAGCUGCCACAACUAAACAAAGUGAGAAAACUUCACUUCCUGAUGCUGUUCAAGCUGCUGCAAAUGCAGCACUGGCUGCAGAAAAGAGAGAAAAGGAGAAGGCAAAAGAGAUUAAAUUGGCCUCAAAAAGUAGUCUCAUAGCUAAUAAGAAGAAGAUGAACAAUGUCCUAGCUAUGUGGAAGCAAAGGAAUCAAGAAGGGCAGGCCGCACGAGUUGUCCUUGACGACAAAGAACCAUCAAGUUCUGAUGAUAAAUUUAAGCAUUCACAUAAUGGAACUGGUUUCUCUUUAAAAAGCAAGGCGAAUUCUGACAUUGAAAAUGCUAUGGAUAAUUCUAUUGGCCAAGGAAUUGCAUCGACCCAAAUGUUGGAUUCCGAUGUAAAGCCUAGACCUGUCAGUAACAGCUUAGGGACUACAGUUAUGGGUGUCAUAAGAGGUUCUGCUAGAGGAGUGAUCAAGUCAGAUACUACGUUUCAUGCAUUAUCUGAUGCCGGGAGCACUGAUUCCCGCACCACUAGAACCACAAGAGCAAGUGGGUUAAUGACAAGUCCUGAGUCACUUGUAACUCCUGCACCCUUCAAAACUGAUGUGUCUGCCUUAGUCUCUAAUACUUCGUCGGGAGUUUCUGGGAGUGGUAAACGUCGGUUUUCUGAGGCACCAGGACAAUCCCAGUACAGGGACCGAGCUGCAGAAAGACGAAAUCUGUAUGGAUCAUCUCUUGGCACUGAUACUGUUGGAUUGGAUUCAACUGGUGACUAUCCGUCCCGAAAGGGUUCAAGUGAGAUAGGGUCAAUGCCGUUUCCUCCUGGUGUGGGUGAACGUUCCAGUGGUGAAAUUGGCAACAGUGAAAACUAUGAAGUUAUUACCGCUGAUAGAGCAAUUGACGAAAGCAAUGUGGGCAACCGUAUUCUACGCAACAUGGGGUGGCAAGAGGGACUGGGUCUCGGAAAGGAUGGCAGCGGUAUCAAGGAACCAGUCCAGGCAAAAUCCGUGGACGUCAGGGCUGGACUGGGAAGUCAGCAGCGGAAGGCUGAUCCAUCCCUGGAGGCCCAAGCUGGGGACAGCUACAAAACCAUCAUCCAGAAGAAGGCCAUGGCAAGAUUCAAGGAGAUGUCAUAGCUACACAGUUUCUCUCUAUUCCUGUUGUUGCAUUUUGUAGUCUGUUUACUUUUUUUUUUCAGUCUGCACUGUUUUGCUUGUGCUUUUUCAUAAACCUAGCCGCUGAAUUGUGUUUAUUAUCCUCAAAGGGACACCGUGUUUAUCGUCCUACUAUGUAGAUCACAAUGUUUUAAAUAGCGGGCUAUAGAAAAUAGUGUCUUCCUAACGCUA